UUAAAGGGUGCAAACACUUUUUCCUCUCAGUUAAGCAAAAGCAGCAGCUCAAACAGCUUCUUUGGAGAGCACUCCGGAACUCAUCAGCUCAUUCAAAAGAAGCCACUGGUAGUGACAUGGCACACCCUCAGGACAACAGUCUGAGGAUUGUUUUGGUGGGGAAAACUGGAAGUGGGAAGAGCGCAACGGCAAACACCAUCCUGGGGAGUAGAGUCUUUGAGUCUAGAAUUGCUCACCAUGCUGUCACCACCAAGUGUCAAAAAGCAUCCAAGGAAUGGAAGGGGAGGAAACUUGUUGUUGUUGACACCCCAGGGCUCUUUGACACCAAGGAGACCCUGGAUACCACGUGCAGGGAAAUCAGCCAGUGUGUCCUCUACUCCUGCCCUGGGCCCCACGCCAUCAUCUUGGUCCUCCAGGUGGGCCUCUACAGGGAAGAAGAGCAGAAGACCGUGGCAUUGAUCAAGGCUGUGUUUGGGAAGCCAGCCUUGAAGCACAUGAUCGUGUUGUUCACUCGCAAAGAUGACUUGGAGGAGAAGAGCCUGAGUGACUUCUUGGCAGAUUCAGAUGUGAAGCUAAGAAACAUCAUCAGCGAGUGUGGGAACCGCUGCUGUGCCUUCAACAACAGAGCCUCAGAGGCCGAGAAGGAAGCUCAAGUGCAGGAGCUGGUGGAGCUGAUAGAGGAGAUGGUGCGGAGCAACGGAGGGGCUUACUUUACCGAUGCCAUUUACAAGAUGCCAUUUACACCUGAGAAGUUGUCCACUGGUAGUGACAUGGCACACCCUCAGGACAACAGUCUGAGGAUUGUUUUGGUGGGGAAAACUGGAAGUGGGAAGAGCGCAACGGCAAACACCAUCCUGGGGAGUAGAGUCUUUGAGUCUAGAAUUGCUCACCAUGCUGUCACCACCAAGUGUCAAAAAGCAUCCAAGGAAUGGAAGGGGAGGAAACUUGUUGUUGUUGACACCCCAGGGCUCUUUGACACCAAGGAGACCCUGGAUACCACGUGCAGGGAAAUCAGCCAGUGUGUCCUCUACUCCUGCCCUGGGCCCCACGCCAUCAUCUUGGUCCUCCAGGUGGGCCUCUACAGGGAAGAAGAGCAGAAGACCGUGGCAUUGAUCAAGGCUGUGUUUGGGAAGCCAGCCUUGAAGCACAUGAUCGUGUUGUUCACUCGCAAAGAUGACUUGGAGGAGAAGAGCCUGAGUGACUUCUUGGCAGAUUCAGAUGUGAAGCUAAGAAACAUCAUCAGCGAGUGUGGGAACCGCUGCUGUGCCUUCAACAACAGAGCCUCAGAGGCCGAGAAGGAAGCUCAAGUGCAGGAGCUGGUGGAGCUGAUAGAGGAGAUGGUGCGGAGCAACGGAGGGGCUUACUUUACCGAUGCCAUUUACAAGAUGCCAUUUACACCUGAGAAGUUGUACCCUCAGGACAACACUCUGAGGAUUGUUUUGGUGGGGAAAACUGGAAGUGGGAAGAGCGCAACGACAAACACCAUCCUGGGGAGUAGAGUCUUUGACUCUAGAGUUGCUCCCCAUGCUGUCACCACCAAGUGUCAAAAAGCAUCCAAGGAAUGGAAGGGGAGGAAACUUGUUGUUGUUGACACCCCAGGGCUCUUUGACACCAAGAAGACCCUGGAUACCACGUGCAGGGAAAUCAGCCAGUGUGUCCUCUACUCCUGCCCUGGGCCCCACGCCAUCGUCUUGGUCAUCCACCUGGGCCGCUACACAGAUGAAGAGCAGAAGACCGUGGCAUUGAUCAAGUAUGUCUUUGGGAAGCCAGCCUUGAGGCACAUGAUCAUUUUGUUCACUGGCAAAGAUGACUUGGAGGGGCAGAGCCUGAGUGACUUCUUGGCAGAUGCAGAUGUGAAGCUAAGAAACAUCAUCAGAGAGUGUGGAAACCGCUGCUGUGCCUUCAACAACAGAGCCUCAGAGGCUGAGAAGGAAGCUCAGGUGCAGGAGCUGGUGGAGCUGAUAGAGGAGAUGGUGGAGAGCAACGGAGGGGAUUACUUUACUGAUGCCAUUUACAAGGACACAGAGAAGAGGCUGAAGCAACGGGAAGAAGACCUGAAGAAGAUCUAUACCGAUCAAUUAAAUAAUGAAAUUAAACUAGUAGAAAAGGAAUAUGCUCAUAAAUCACAGGAAGAACGGGAGGAAAAAAUAAAAUGGCUAAAGAGGAUUUAUGAUGAACAAUUAAAAAAUAUCAGGGAAGAAGCUGAGAAGGGCAUAUUUGGACAUGUUUUAGAUGGGAUUAGGAGGGUGCUUUCAAAAAUAUGGCAUAUGGGGCGCCUGGGUGGCGCAGUCGGUUAAGCGUCCGACUUCAGCCAGGUCACGAUCUCGU